CGGUCGCUCGCUCGCGCGAGAGAGCAGGCUCUAAGCGAAUGUGCAAGUGCACGUCUUUGACCAGGUUUUGGCUCGGUUCCCGGCUUUUCGUAGAACACACCCGGAUACAAACCGCUUGCCCUAGUAACAUGUACACUCGCUAGUGCUUUGGGGGCAUCUAUUAAUGCUGUCUGAUGGCCGGCGAACGACAUGGCCGAUUUUUGCGGCCGCCAAGAAGUUCAAGUAUGAGCGCAAAGGGCGACGUACAACGGACAGCUCUCGACCCCCACUCUCCUUAGAGCUUCGAAUCCAUGCACCCGACAAGCCUUGCUGCCCUCGCCUUGUGCGUCUCCCAAGCUCUUGCAGCCAUUUAUACCCUCAGCGACAACUACGUUGGCGCCGCCUUCCUCGCAGCGUGGCAGCACCAGGCCAUCUCCGACCCUACGCACGGCAGAGUGAACUAUGUCGACGAAGCAACUGCCCUCGCCAAGAACUUGACAUUCGUGUCGGCCGACACCCUCAUCCUGAGGGCGGACGACACCACUGUCCUCGACCCAGUCGGUCCCGGUCGAGACAGUGUGCGGAUUCAAAGCCUGAAGAGUUACACCACGCACGUUGCCAUCAUCGAUGUCCGCCACAUGCCACAAGGUUGUUCGACGUGGCCUGCGUUUUGGGAGACUGACGGAAAUGAUUGGCCAGACGGCGGCGAAGUCGACAUCGUAAGCGUCAACGACGCGAGUCCGAACACGAUGACGCUGCACACGGGCGCGAACUGCUCCAUGCCCGCGAGCCGCCCCGAGACCGGCACGCCGACGGGCCUCGACUGCGACGUCCACACCGACGACAACGCCGGCUGCGGCGUGCGUGCCCCGGGCGCGGACAGCUACGGCGCGCCCCUGAACGCUGCCGGCGGCGGGUGGUACGCCAUGGAGCGCACCGACGCCUUCGUCAAGGUGUGGUUCUUCCCGCGGAGCAUAGCAACGCCCUUGGACGUCGCGAGCGGCGCGCCCUUCGUCGACACCGACAGCUGGGGCACGCCCACCGCGUUCUUCCCCAGCACCGCCGACUGCGACGUCGGCGCGCAGUUCGACGCUAACAACAUCAUCAUCAACCUGACGUUCUGUGGCGACUGGGCAGGCGUCCCCUCGGUCUACUCGGGUGCGGGCUGCCCGGGAGACUGUGUCGACUUCGUUAACGACAACCCUGCCGCAUUCGUGGACGCGUACUGGGACAUCGCGGCAGUGCGCGUAUAUGAGACUGGUGGUGGCCUCCUUCGUCACCGUCGUAUGAACGACCGACUCCACCGCCGAUCUAAUUUUUAUUGA